GCGCUAGAUGACAAUCGAAACUCACUACAUAAACGACGAAGUCUGAGAAACUGUGAAAAAGAGUCUGUGAAUAAUGGCUACAAACGUUUAUUAUCAAGCUGUGAUCUUCCUCUUUUGCUACGUGAUGCUGUCCGCUGGCUUACAAGUGGAAGUAAAAAGUUUGAAAUAUUGCGGUCCUCCGGAUAAAACCUUAAAGUACAAGGUUUCUCCAUGGCCGGUGAUAACAGAUGCUGAUUCCGUCAAUUUCACGGUUACGUUCACCCCUGCGAGAGACAUUUUCUCUUUGUCUUUCUUUGUCAACGUCACGAAACAUGGAAAAACCAUCAUCGAACGGAAUAAGGAGUUGAAUUGCAAUCACGUGCCAUACCACUGCUAUUUCUCAGCAGACGAGACCUACACCUUGAACAGAACAGGCCUUCACAUAAUCAAUGUUUCCCCCAUCUUUAGGGGGAAAUUUGGAGCCACACUCAUACUGUUCAAUCAGGAGCAGUUCUCCGUUUUCUGCGUCCAGGCGGUAGUGGUCGUGUCAUGAGCCAAUCACUGCUGACUCAAUGGACCAAGACAUCCACUAGUUAUUGAACUUGAGUCAGAACUUAACUUCUUUUCAACAUCGGCAUUUAGUUUUAAUUUCGUGUGGAUAUAUUUAUAAGAGGUACAAUCGUAACUCCAAGUUCAAGACGCGACGCAUCUGUUGUUGUAAACGUAGUUCUAGAAACUUUGUCGCUCAACUGUUCUUUGUUUUUGUUUUCUUUUUAAUCCUUCUGUCGCUUUUUGUCGA